AUGUUCUUCUUAUCAUGUUGUCUUGGGCGAAGUCAGAAGUCGGAUACAUCCAAUGACGAUCAGCCCUUAGAAAACGAUAUAUCUAACCCCCCAGACUUAGAGGCAAGUUCGGCUUUCAAGGAAAUCGAGCCCAAGCUACCAUCAAACUCGGCAGCCCCUAGAAGGACUAGAACUAAUGACAGCAACAAGUCAGGCAAGAAAUCCCGGUCUUCAGUUUUGUCCUGGUGCAGCGUCACUAGCGUCGUCAACUUUUGCCAUACAUUGAAGUCCUCACAAACAUCGUAUCCCAUGGAAGAAUGCCCUCCAACAAUUGAAUGUUCGUCACCUACCCCGGCGGCCGAUCCACGCACCAAAUUUGGUGAGAUCAGUUCAAAUAUGAGUUUGACAAUCCAGGAAGAAGGAGAAGAUCAGUUUUACAACCGCCGUCAGAGCUACUCUGAUGAUCCUUUUGCGCCUCCUACCCCGCGAGUCGCUCGUUUUGGCAGUUUCUCCACCUCUUCUCAAGCCGAUUGUAGCACACUUAGGAGCUCUGUUCAGAGCAAUCAUACCGAACCGAUCCAUUUGAAUGCAAGCCAUAUCGAAGAUCCCGUUUUGACCUUGCCUGAUAGCGUAUGCCUGCCCAACAUUGAUCGGCUGUCCAAAUUCGAUUUCAACGAAUGGAAUUCCAAGUGGAUGAAGAAUUCACCUGUCAUACAGCCCUACCCAGUUCGGAACUAUACGAUGGCUAGCACUAGGAUGUCCCCCAGCCCAACACUCACCUAUCGGCCUCAACAUUUUACACGCCGAGUUUCUGAUCCAACUACGCUUGGCAGCCGCACCAACUACUCCUCGCGAACUGAAGAUAGCACUCAAAUACCUUUCCCUCAAUUGUGA